CGGAAUGGCAAAGUUUGGCUAGCAAGGACAGAAGGGGAGAGAGAGGAAAGUGUCCAGACAUUAUGUUCAUAGCGAAACAUAUGGAUAGAAUCUAUGAACUAGUGUUUAGUGAAUGUUUACGCAUCGUUUGUAAUGACACCAAAGAAGAUGAUGAUAGAGUAAAAUUGUGGCGAGAACUUAAUGUUGGACGAAUAGAGGAUGUAAACUAG